GACUAGUUUUUGCCGUUCCAAUAAAAGGGAAAGAAAAGAGAGAGAAAGGACUUCAGCGGAUCCAAGAGAUGGCCCUUAACUGCAUCAGCUUAGCUCUUCUCUCCUAUCUAAUCUUGUUACCCUCCCUAUCUCCAUUCUCCCAUGCAAUAGACACCAUCAAACCAGGCCAACCCUUGGAAGAUGGCAAGACACUCAUCUCCGCCGGCGAGAAAUUCGAACUCGGUUUCUUUAGCCCUGGCAAGUCUUCGAACCGUUACGUGGGAAUUUGGUACCACAACUUCUCGAUCAACACCGUCGUAUGGGUUGCCAACCGAGAAAGGCCGGUCAGGGACCACUCGGGAUCUCUAGCCAUCGGAUAUGAUGGCAACCUCGUAGUCCUCGACGGGACCAAGAGCAUCGUUUGGUCGUCGAACACUUCGACGGCGACGAACAAUUCGCUGGUGCAACUCAUGGAUGAUGGCAACUUGGUCCUCAACAACUCCGGGAGCGUCGCAUGGCAGAGCUUCGACAACCCAACCGACACGUACAUGCCCGGCAUGAAGGCAGGUCUGGACCUCAGGACCCACGUAAACCAGAAGCUAACCUCAUGGACAAGUGAAGACGAUCCAGCCCCGGGGAACUUCUCACUCGGCAUGGAUCCGAGCGCGUCGACGCAGAUCUUUGUGUGGGAGGGGACGAAGCCUCGGUGGAGGUCCGGCCGGUGGAACGGGCAGGUGUUCAUCGGCGUGCAGAACAUGCUGCCUACUUAUGUCUAUGGCUUCAGGCUUAUCAACAUCGAGCAAGAACAGAAGAUGUACUUCUACUAUAACGAAUUCAACAGUUCGCAUCGGUACGUAUUAACAUGGGAUGGUAUCGGCAGGCAUCUGAUUUGGAGGAAUGAUACUAAUGACUGGUAUCAAUUUUGGGCGCAACCAGUUACAGAGUGUGAGAUUUACAACAAAUGUGGGAAGUACGGGAGUUGCACGGAUGGAGCGACACCAAUUUGCAGCUGUUUGAGAGGGUUCGUGCCGGCGUCGAGCGAGGACUGGAGUGAUGGGAAUUGGUCCAGCGGGUGUGUUAGAAGGACGCCAUUGGGGUGUGGGAGGGGAAAUAAUAGCGAGGAGGCGGGAGGAGAUGGAUUCUGGAAGUUGGGAGGGGUGAAGUUGCCAGACAUCUCGGAUUGGAAACAAGACGCGGUGGAUAUCGAGGGCUGUGAAGAGCGUUGCUUGGGGAACUGUUCAUGCACGGCCUAUGCAUACGUCAGUGGGAUUGGGUGUUUGAUAUGGGGGGUGGAUCUAUUGGACAUUCAUUUAUUCUCGAGCGGCGGAAAUGACCUGUAUCUCCGGCUUGCCGGAUCUGAACUAGAUAAGAAGAGUAAUAAAACUUUCAUCAUAAUUAUAGUCCCUGUGGCAGUGAUCCUUUCCUUGGGAUGCAUCUACCUGUUGUGGAGGUGCAAGAACAGAAUAAAAGAGUUGUUUAAGCAACGAUUAGCUGGAGAAAGGGGAUUGAUGUAUUCUACCAGAGGCCAAGAAAGAUUGACGGAUUAUUCAGCCUCGAUUGGAAAGAGGAUUGGAGAUGAAGGAAGUGAUGGAAAAUGCCCAGAAUUAUCACUGUGGAGUUUUGAUUCUGUAGUAGCUGCUACAAAAAGCUUUUCCGAUUCCAAUUUUAUUGGUGAAGGUGGGUUUGGUCCCGUUUACAAGGGCAUACUACCUGAAGGACAAGAAAUAGCCGUGAAAAGGCUUUCUAGGAGCUCCAUGCAAGGCCUUGAUGAGCUUAAGAAUGAGGUGAUGCUUAUAGCGAAACUUCAACACAGGAACCUUGUAAGGCUCUUGGGUUGUUGCAUCCAAGAGGAAGAGAAGAUACUAAUCUAUGAGUACAUGCCUAACUCAAGCUUGGAUGCUUUCCUUUUUGAUCCAAUUAAAACAGGGCUUCUAGACUGGAAAACACGGCACAACAUCAUUGAAGGGAUUGCCCGUGGGCUCCUCUACCUUCAUAGGGAUUCGAGGCUUAGGGUAAUUCAUCGCGACCUAAAAGCUAGCAACAUUUUGCUGGAUGAAGAGAUGAACCCCAAAAUUUCAGACUUUGGCAUGGCUAGGAUCUUUGGCAACGAUGAUAAUGAAACUAAUACAAAGCGAGUGGUCGGAACAUUUGGCUACAUGUCUCCUGAAUAUGCAAUGCAAGGGCUAUUUUCAGUAAAAUCUGAUGUCUAUAGCUUCGGAGUUCUACUAUUAGAGAUUGUUAGUGGGAAGAAGAAUAGUACAUACCGUCACCCGGAAUUGGCUAUGAACCUAAUAGCAUCGGCUUGGAAACUAUGGAAUGAGGACAGAGUGAUGGAGUUUGUGGAUCCAAUCAUCAGGGAUUCAUGUUCGAGAAGGCAAGUGUCAAGAUGCGUCAAUGUGGGUCUCUUAUGCGUGCAGGACCGUCCGAAUGAUCGGCCGACCAUGGCAUCGGUUGUUAUAAUGUUGGGAAGCGAGACUUCCAGUCAUCCACCACCCAGGCAACCUAUUUUUACUGUAGAGAGCGGCUACAGUGAGACUGACUCAUCAACGGUUGAUCUUAAUAUCAUGUCUGCGAAUGCUUCAAUCACUAUCAUUGAUGGAAGAUAGAAGUUUUACGCCAUAAAACCUUUUCAAAAGAAUAGUGUCCUUCAGUUAUUUGUACUAUAUGAGUCUAUAGGAUGUAUGUCCAUCAAGAACAGUGAGAGAAUUAAAUCUUCUCAUCAUAUUUGACAUUAGUUUUACAUUCUUAAUGAGGUUUCCAUGCAUUCUCAAUUACCAAUGUUUUGAUUCAUGAUGAAAAAUA